AUGGCCUCCAACCCGCAUCCCCACUCUCACCCACACCCGCACCACCAUGGUAACAAUAUCUAUGCCGAUCCGUACAACGUCGACCACGCUCGCACCAUCGUCGUCGGCUCAUCCUACACGAUGCACUACCCGAUCGGUCCGCCGCUCGACGUCAUGCACGCCUAUGCGCCGAUGCCCAUGCAAAUGCAAAUGCCGAUGAACCACAUGCCGAUGCAUCCGUCGCAUCGACCGUCGGUUCCGAUGAUGCCUCUACAACCCAUCACCAAUACCGCAUCUUCGUCCUUCAUUUGGCCCGCUUCGCCGCCCAAAGCCGCCGCUGCCGAUACGCCGGCCGCCGCGCCUUGGCCUCAGAAUGUGCUGCCUCCACCGCCCUCGGCCGCCGCAAACCCUAAAUCGGCGGCGGCGGCGACGACGACAACCAAGGCCGCCCGUGGAGGUGCUGCAGCGAAACGAAAGUCGAUCACCAAGGAUGAAGCCGCCGCCGCACAGUCUGCAGCGCUUCUGCUCGCGCCCGAAUACACCGCCAACCCUGCCGGACCUGCUUCAUCCUCGGACACGGAUUUCAAGUGCUCGUACUGCGAUAAGAUCUAUAAGGGCAAGCAUGCGCGGUCGAUCUGGCGACGUCACUUGCAAGACAAGCAUGGUAUUCCUUUGGCCUCGCAGCCUCGACGGACCCGAUGGGACAAUGGUUAGUAAAUGCUGGCCUGUCUCCUCAGAUUCGUACCCGCGCCCUGGCACGACCAAAAGGGGCGAUGCUAUUCUCAGGCGCGCGACGCGCGUGUUUGUCGAGGCCCCACAAGCCGCACAUCUCGACACAAUGUCGUACUACAUGCACAAGACACAUCAUCAGGAACGAGGACAUUCGUGUCUUGUCCUGGUCGACUUGGUGUGUGCACGCGUCGCGACGCGCGAGAGGAGGCCUGAGCGCAUUAUUUCAAUAGCUCCUCGGGACGUAAUGGCUUGUCAGGGGCCUGUCAGAAGCUGGCUUCAUUCGCAGAUAUUGCACUGCACAGUCGAUCAGAGCUAUCAUACUGAUCAUAUCUUCACAUAUUCCUUUCUGUUCGUCCUGGCAGAUGCAAAUCGGCCCAAGUCCGAAGAAGAACGGCGGGCUAGAACGCUAGACUCCAAGCGAAGAUGGGCACGCAAGAACCGUGGGACCGACGGGAGAUCAGCCGGUGGCGACACGCCCGGUCGCGGUGGUUCGGCCUCUUUCGAUGGUCGUGACGAGGGUGAAUGGGAGGAUGACCAGUUCGGCGAUGAGGAUGGCAGCAGUGCUGGUGGUCGAAGUCGAAGCAAUAGCGCCAGUACCUGGCAAGAGAGCAAGACCGCACUCGCUCGUUCGGGCAGCGUACCCACACUCGGUGGUGCCGGUCGACUUCAGGACGAGAAGCCCGAUCGGUCGACUCUGAGGGCCAGUCAGUCUACAUCGGCCGUUCCGCACGCCUCUGAAAUCGAUCCGAGACAUCCUCAGCAGCACCGCGGGUCUUACGCUCAUGGGCCACCGGUCCAUCUCGUUCAACCUCGUGGAUCACAUCUGCCCCACUCCCCAUCGUCGUACUACCAAGCACCAUUGGCUGCCGCUGUCCCUAUCGGUGGGGCCUUGUCGGCGCCACUUUUCCCGCAGGCGAAUGAGGCCGAGUUCUACCGAAGCGAGAACCCGACAUCGAUGAUGCAACGCCUUGGUGCCUCCAUCCCUCGUCCCGCUUCCGCCUCUUCCCUCCCUCCACCGUAUGCGCCAGCUCAAUCGACGUCGUCUGCCUCCUUGGCUUACUAUGCCUCGAGAGCCUCGCCGGGUCGGGGUAGUCGGACGGCACUGCGACGCGAACCCAGAAGCCCAAUACGCACCGGGUCCAAUACCGAGGAUGCCGCGGGGGUGCUGCUCGCGCUCAAGAUGGCCAGUCCUUCGACAAGCUCGAUCCUUCAGUCACCGGUCUCGGCGACCCGAUCACGACGAUUCGAUGACGAUUCAGACGAUGAUGAGGAAGAGGACGAAGACGCCGGUGACCUCAGUCUCGAAGCGAACGAACCCUUCUCGGCCUUCACCGCCAAGCAAGCGAGUCGGCGCACAGGAGGUAGUCGACUCGUUGCAAACGGACGAGGAGCCGCUUUCGCAAGCCCUACUCGCGACCCACCUUCCUCGCCCGAAGGGUCCGAUUCCUCGGUCGACAACUGGUCGCGCAACGAAGGCGAAGCCUCGACAUCGACGACGGUCGAUCCGACGAGCUCGAAGCUAGCCGGCAAGAAGCGUAGCGCCGAGGACUCGCCACCACCUUACGGCAGUGCCCAAGCGCUCGUCGGUCUCAGUGCCAGUGCGCGCAAGAUCCGGCCGAUCGCCGGCAUUGCGCCGAAUGGUAACGGGCAGGUCGCUGGUCGACCCCUAGGUCCUAACUCGUCUUACCACCAAUACACGAGCUUGACGGCGACUCCGACGCCGGCGAUGCGCGUCACGAUGGAAAGCUCCCCCGCGAUGGUCUACGGCCGAGACUUGUUAGAAGGUGGCUCGAUCGGGCGCGGCCCACGGCACGAUCAUCAUCAUGAUGACGACGAUGGCGAUCUCGAGGAAGACGAGCCGAGUCGAGGCGGCCAUGUCCACGACGGAAGCCCUAGUCGUGCGAUGCGGUCCCAUCGAAAUGGCAACGGACCGAUUGACGACGCUUCGUCCUCCGCCCCUCGAGCUCAUCACCAUCAUCCUUAUUCUCACGGGUACCCCUCGUCGGCUUCGUCGGCUCGUCAUUACCCGCAAGCGCUGCACCACCAUCACCCCGUCGGACUGAGUUCGGAUCUCGGUCACUUCAACCUCUCGUCCUCCUCCGAUCCCUCGCAUCCUUCGUCUUCGUCCUCGUCGAUGCCACCGCACCCUUCCUCAUCUUCAACCUCAUUCCCCCACUCGACACCCGGUGGCGUUUCAACCGAUUACUACCGACUCCGAGGCUCGUCCCCACCCUCGCGCUCGAACGGCGGAGGCGGCUACCUCUUCUCCUCCCCCGCCCACCCCGGCAUCUCAAAGCAACUCGGUCUGCACGCCCAACCCGGUCCCGGCGUCUUAUUCUCCGGUGAAACACCAGGUCGCAACGCCCCGGUCGAUGUGCUCGAGUCGAGAUCGAAAGGGAUGAGGUUGGUCGAGGAAGGUGGGAGUCGAGCGGUGUUGAAGUUGGAGGAUUGA